GAUGAUGAUGAUGAUGGUGAUGAUGAUGAUGACGACGACAGUAAUGAUGAUGUUGUCGCUCAUUUUUCUCUUCAUAUAUCUGACAACAGUGAAUCAACUGAGGCGUCUUAUUCGGAAUUACAAGGAAGAAAAUAAAAAAAACUUCAAAAUUACAUUACAGUUUUUUUAGAA